UCCCUGUGGAAAUUUGAGACCAGCAAGUAUUAUGUGACCAUCAUCGAUGCCCCAGGACACAGAGACUUUAUCAAAAACAUGAUGGCAGGCACAUCUCAGGCUGACUGUGCUGUCCUGAUUGUGGCUGCUGGUGUUGGUGAAUUUGAAGCUGGUAUCUCCAAGAAUGGGCAGACCCAUGAGCAUGCCUUUCUGGCUUACACACUGGGUGUGAAACAACUAAUUGUUGGUGUUAACAAAAUGGAUUCUACUGAGCCAUCCUGCAGUCAGAAGAGAUACGAGGAAAUCAUUAAAGAAGUCAGCACCUACAUUAAGAAAAUUGGCUACAAUCCCGACACAGUAGCGUUUGUGCCAAUUUCUGGUUGGAAUGGUGACAACAUGUUGGAGCCAAGCGCUAAUAUGCCGUGGUCCAAAGGAUGGAAAGUCACCCAUAAAGAUGGCAAUGCCAGUGGAACUACACUGCUUGAAGCUCUGGAUUUCAUCCUCCCACCAACUCAUCCAAUUGACAAGCCUUUGUGUCUGCUCCUCCAGGAUGUGUACAAAAUUGGUGGUAUUGGGACUGUCCCUUGCCCAGAAAAUAAUCAAGUUCUCAAUCUGUGUUUGGAGAGUGAAGAUGCAAGGAAAAUGAUAUACUGCAAGAGGCUGUGCACAAAAGGCCUAGAGCCACAGCAAAAACUUCAUGCAUCAUUAGUACUGGUGCACAGAGCCUUCCAACCUUUCAGCCUCAUUUCUUCUGCUUAG